ACUCCCAUCCAUCGAAGCGAAACACCACACAGAAUCUCCCGUCGUACUCGCCCACUUCCCUCACAUCACGACACCACUAGCCCUGCCUGACCCCUAUGGUGCCCAUGGCGGGCGGAUCACUACUGGCCCUAUCAGUCAUCGUCCUUGCGGCCGUCGUGUCGACCCUUCUGCUGGCGCCAGUGGCGGCCAAUGACAUUGACGCGCUCUCAGCCCUGAAGAGCGGCUUGAAGGACCCAAAUGGCGCGUUGAAGACCUGGGACCCGCAGUUGGUGGACCCUUGUACCUGGUUUCACAUCACCUGCGACGACCACAAACGCGUCACCUGCAUAGACCUUGGCCGCCAAAACCUGUCCGGACCUCUGGCACCGGAGCUUGGCCAACUGGACCGGCUACAAUAUUUGGAAGUUUAUGGCAACCGCUUGAGCGGCCCGAUCCCGAAGGAACUGGUUGGGCUGUCCAACCUGAAAGAUGCGGAUUUUUCAAACAACGACUUCUGCGGCCCGAUUCCGACCUCCGGACCGUUUCGGCACAUACCACGUCGUAGCUUUGCCAACAACCCGCGCCUGGGCAAGAAGUGCUAGAUGGCGCUGGUCGCCUGAGUGAAAUAAACUGGUGGUAGCAUGCAGCUAACGAAGCGGGCGGCGUCGGUUCAUGGAGUAGCUGGAUUCGUGAGCGAGGUUAAGCUGUGUGUGUGCGCGCCAGAGUAGACAUGUUGAUUAGUUUCUGUUCUGUACAAGCUGAGAUCGAUGUGGCUGUUGCUGUGACAUUACUUCCCCUAAUAAAACCGCCAACUGAUGCUCGAGCCUA